AUGGUCUCUCUCCGGAUCAGGAAAACACGACCCCCUCCUUUGGGGUUCUCUUUGGCUCUUCCUCCACCAAGUGUUGUAGGGGAGGUACGGGUCCAGCAGGGGAAUGAGCUUUUUAUUAACGUGGAUGACACAAACAUUUCACCCAUAAUAACAAUGGAUGGUUCUCUUCCCACAGGGCAGUUCGUUCACGUGACUAAUACAAAUCUUUUUGUGCUUGUCGAUGGUGCAUCGUUGUUCACCGAGGCGAAAACGACACAGAGGGAAGAGCCACAAUCUAAUCAUAUUGGCGAUUUGGUAGAUAACAGUGCUUCCGCGGAGAAGGGAAGAUCACCGCAGCGCUCUCCGUGCAGCAAUUUGGGUGCGUCUGUAGACUCAGUUGAAGCAGCGAUACGGGGCAUUGAAGAUGAUAGCGGUGAGGUGCGCAGGGAUUUAUCGUCCUCCUUUAGUUUGUUGCCUAAAACUGAGGGCGAUUCACCCGUACUGUCGCGGUGCUCUUCCCGCUGUCGGAUGUCGUGCCAAGGCACGAAGGGGGUAAAAUACCACGGCGGAGCGAGUCUGCCUCAUCAGUACACGGCACUGUUUACAAAAGGGGCAGGUGCAGUGUCAGGGCUUGCUGCUGCCACAGCGGGCGCGAAUAGGGUUGGUAAUCGUGAAGUCAGGUGUAACGUUUUGCGUGGCAAGAUACGUGGUUUCCUUCCUUGGUAUGUUGUUGAACAGAACUGGACCACCUCACCAAAGUGUAGCAAUGCAUCGACGAGUGGUACGCUAGGGGCGGCAACAGGUACAUCGGCGGUGGCCUCACAAUCCUCCGCUUCCUCUGUGCUUGUGGACACUGCCGUUGGCGACAAAGUAGACAAGCAUGCAAAGAGGAAAAACACCUUACUUGCCCGUGGGAGGGGGAAUAACAGCAGAUCAGCUUCGCUCUACGAAGUCGGACGCACUAAUCGAUCAUUGGAUUUGAAAGAGGUAGAGGUUUUGGGGUUCGUAGGAAAGGGAACACAAGGAGCAGUGUACCGCGUUCUUCUGGACAACAAACUGUACGGCCUGAAGUGCAUUGAUGUAAGGGAGCUAACGGAGGCCAGCAGUUUGGUAGAGCACCAAAGCAGGAAGGGUGGACUCGUGAAAGAGCUCAAUAUGAUUCGACUCCAAAGAUCAAAAAGUCCACCACAAUACCUGCUACGGUUGUUUGAUGCCUCGGUUACAAGGGAUCGUGAGAAGCUACACCUCCACAUUCUCAUGGAGCUAAUGAGUUUUAGCGUCGAGGACGCUCAGCGCAUGGUUUCCCGUAUCCCAUCGGAUGAAAUGGUGAAGUUAACUGAGUCAGCCUUUCGAAAGCACAUGGCUGGAUCGCACUCCGUAAAGUUGAAACCCGAUACAUUCCUACAGAGGAACUCGGAAUCCUGCGUGCAUCUAACGGGAAGGAGGUCAUACAAGACACCAGAGGACUGGGAGAUGAACAUAGAUCGACAAACGCCAGUACCGGAGAUAAUUCUGUCGAUGCUUGCAGCUGAUGUGCUUGGGGGCUUGAAAGAACUUCAUGAAGAUUACGCUAUUGUUCACUGUGACAUCAAACCAGCAAAUAUAUUAAUUGACUACGAUAUGGAGCGCUUUCGACUUGCAGAUUUUGGAUGUGGUUGUCAGAUGGACCCACAGAGCCGGAAGACACGACCGGUGACUUUCGACUUGGGCUCAAAACUCUACAAGGCACCGGAGCGGCUGAGCAAUGAGUUGUAUAACGCAGGCGUUGAGGGUGGUUUAUCGGAAGUAGAGUUCUCCUUCGAUGCUGACGUAUGGUCGUUGGGUGUAACGUUGCUUGAAUUGAGAAAUGGUGUUCAUCCUUGCCACCCUUUCAAGUCGGAUUACUGGAACUACAGGAAUAACCUUAAACUAUCGCGUAUGGUAAAGCCUGUUUCUUGGUCAUAUUCUUUCUACGACUUUAUUGUUCGCUGCCUUAUGAGGAAACCAGAACAGCGUUGGAGCGUCAGUAGGUUGCUGCAACACCCUUUUAUUGUAAAAUACAGCGAACUUCCCAGGGCCAAAUUGAGGGUCUGGAUGGAGAAGUUGAGAAGUGAGUCGGAGACCUUCCAGCGGCGACAGCAGCGUGAGUUGCUUGAGGAACAUAUUCUCUUGAGCACUGGCAGAAAAGGGCCGGACAUGUACCGCCAUCGGAGUCGCUCCAGCUGGGAGAGUUUCACGAAGUUCCUCAAAGUAGCUCCACAUUAUCAAGAUGAUGAAAAAUUUCCCCACUUGUGUUGA